UAGAGGAACCUAAUAUUCUACGACUCUGACUGUUCAUUGCUACGAAUCAAGGCUUUUGGAGGAAGCUUAUUAAUUACUGAUUUCCAUUCAUCUAGUAUUUAAAACCUAAAAUUAUCAGCGCACUAUAAUAAAAACAACGACGGUCUUGUAAAAUAAAUCGUCAAAUCAAGUUCAAACGAGUAUGGCGUCGAUAUCAUUGUAACACGUCCAAUUCACGAUGCUGGCAGUUCACUUGUACUUGAUUGAAAUACAAUAUAUAGAGUCAGAUGUCUCAGAGACAUUUUACACGCACGAUUCAAAAAUAAGUGAUUUGAACCGCCAUAACGUGACCUGCUUGUCUCGUCAAACGGCAUCCCUUUGUCGAGUCAAAAAUAGCUAUAGCAAACAGUUGUAUCAUGCGCGGAUUUUUCGUCAUUCUAGGUAUGAUUUUGCUUAUUAUCAAUUGAAUGUGACAGCGCUAAAAAGAAAGACGACGUGCCGGCAGGUGGUGAUGGACCGUGUUGUCCUGCAUCUCUCGGCCCGUCUAGAAGGCUUGCAGGCGGACACUUUUGAACUUAGUCAACAAUACCAAGAAACAGCUAAAGAAAAGGAAAAGCUUCUCAUGGAUAUUGAAGCGGUGCAAACGUUUUUAGAGCAUUUAAUUCAGCAUUGGCGGGUGAAUGAGAUUCCUUUUCGUCCAAGCGAGCUUUCUGCGGACCUAAAUAGUACUGGUUCAGGGAUCCAUGUUCGUGGUAAUGGCAAGAAAAGGCCGGAAAUAAUAGAUGAAAUUCAAUCAGCAGUGGCUCGUAUCCGAGAUGUUAAUAACCAGAUAGACACUGAACGAAGGCUCGUGAAAAAAGCCAAUAUAAGGUUGAAUGCAGAGAAGCUACUGCGAAUACGGGAACUUGUUUCGAAACGUACCCAACGCCAAGUACAAAUGGAAAAUCAGGCUAUGCAAAAACAGAUUCAGAAUGGUAAAUUUGAUCACCUGGACAUUCAGAAUCUAUAUAAUGACAUCGAAAAGACACAAAUCGAACUGAACAACUUUGAGUAUAAAGAGUUCAAGAGAGUUAGUGAACUUCAGCGGCGCAGAAAGAGAAAUGUACAAAAGAUGAUUAUCGAGUUGAACAGAGUAAAGCUUCACACAAUUUGAUCGCUGUUUCCGAAGAGAGCAACAGUCAGCGGGUUCGAGGCUAGGAGUGGU